CUGCUGCACGCUGUGCUCGUCGUGUACACUCACUGUACAUGGUGGCAGAUCUGGAGAGCAGCUGCUGAGUCCAUUCACCUUAACACACGGAAAUGCCUCCUGUGGAGACCGAGACUCCAGAUAUUGCCAAGCCUGCUGACAACGGCACGGCCAAGAAAUGCCUCAGCUCAGAGUUAAAGGGGCUGGAGCCCAUCGAACCUCUGGUCCGCUCUGUAGAAGAGACCCCUGAGCCCAUCUCCACUGAAGUGAGAGGCGACAUCCCCUCCUGGAUCAAUGGCAACCUCCUCCGUAACGGCCCGGGGAAGUUUGAGUUUGGAAACACACACUUCAACCACUGGUUUGACGGGAUGGCCAUGCUGCACCAGUUCAAGAUUGACAAAGGCCAGGUGACGUACAUGAGCCGCUUCCUGCAGAGUGACGCCUACAAGAAGAACAGUGAAAGGGACCGCAUCGUGAUGUCAGAGUUUGGUACCCUCGCCAUGCCGGACCCCUGUAAAAACUUCUUCCAGCGCUUCCUGUCCCGCUUUGAGAUGAUGGAGCCAACAGACAAUGCAAGUGUGAGCUUUGUGAAAUACAAGGGUGACUACUAUGUCAGCACGGAAACCAAUUUCAUACACAGAGUGAACCCAGAGAACUUGGAGACAUUGGAAAAGGUAGACUGGAGCAAGUUCAUUGCUGUAAAUGGAGCCACUGCUCACCCACACUAUGACCCUGACGGUACCACCUACAAUAUGGGAAACUCCUAUGGAAGCAAAGGAUCCCUGUACAACAUUAUCAGAGUGCCUCCUGAGAAGAAAGAUGUCAGUGAAACUCUACAAGGAGCCAAAGUGCUCUGCUCUAUCGUGCCCGCAAACAAGUCUCAUCCCUCCUACUACCACAGCUUCGCCAUGUCUGAGAACUACGUGGUGUUCAUUGAGCAGCCAAUUAAGAUGGACCUGCUGAAGAUCAUCACAUGCAAACUGAGGGGGAAAGCUUUGAGCGACGGCGUCUACUGGGAUCCCAAGCAGGAAACUGUCUUCCAUCUUGUUGACAAGCGCACAGGCGAGGUCAGCUCAGUGAAGUAUCACACCAAAGCCAUCUCCACCUUCCAUCAGAUCAACGCCUUUGAGGAAGACGGAUUCUUGAUGCUCGACAUGUGCUGCUCGGACGACGGCCAAGCCAUCAACAACUACCUCAUCCAGAACUUACGCAAGUCGGGAGACGCAUUAGAUGAGGUGUACAACACCAUGUGCAGGGCGUUCCCCAGGCGCUUUGUUCUGCCCCUUAACGUGACCAGUGAAACUCCAGCUGACCAGAACCUGAACACUCGGUCCUCCAGUGCAGCGACAUGUGUCAAAGUCAGCAAAGAUAAGGUGUUCUGCCAACACGAGGACCUGCAUGGAGAGGACCUCCAGGAGUACGGUGGCCUGGAGUUCCCUCAGAUCAACUACGGGAAAUAUAACACUCAGCCGUACCGUUAUUUCUACGGCUGUGGCUUCAGACACCUGGUGGGAGACUCUCUGCUUAAGAUGGACCUGAAGGACAAGACACUCAAGAUCUGGUACCUGAAGGGUUCCUUCCCGUCAGAGCCCGUGUUUGUGCCGUCGCCAGAUGCGGUCGAGGAGGACGAUGGCGUCAUCCUCUCUGUGGUUCUCACCCCCUCACAGGAUAAAGGGACAUUCCUUCUGGUUUUGGAUGCAAAGACAUUGGAAGAACUGGCGAGAGCCUACGUUCCCGUUAACAUGGCGUACGGCUUCCACGGUACCUUCAACGCCACCGAAUGAACCUGAAGAAAAUAAUCCAAAGAAUACCAAAUGCAGUGUUAGUCAUUAUAACCACUAUAAUCCUAAUGGUACUGAGAUUCUACAUGAAGACAGAUGCAGUGUCAUGUUACUGAUUGUUGUGCUACUUUUCUAAACUAAUUUUGGAUCUUCUGACCCAAAAAUUGUGGCAUUCAGAGAUACUAUAAUAUUGUUAUACUAUAAUUGUGCUCCUUUUAUAUUAAUCUAAAUCUGGUACUCAGGCAUGAACCACUAAAGUGCCAAAUUAACAUCUUAUUCAAAUGCAUUCUUUUUAUAAUUAUGUUUUUUGUUUUUUUUCACAACUUUGAUGACUUUUGUACUCUAUUUGCCAAUAAAUGUUUUUACUUCUG